AGAGUGGCCGGGCUUGCCGUAGGAUUUCGGAGCGACUGGGUAGACGCCCGUGGCGGGGUCUAUCUCCUUCCCUUGCCAUGAGCGGACCAGUGUGCACUGAGCCGCUGCACGGUGAGACCCCUCUGCUGGCGCCCAGCGGCUCCUACUCGGUCGCGGUUCUGCUGCGCGGCUACGCGGAGCCACAGGGAGCCGGCGACGCGGUGCGUGCUGAUGGCACGGUGACUCUCGUCCUCCCUCGGGGCUGGGCCUCGGACUCCAGCCGCCGAUUGGCCCCAUCCGCAGACGACGGUGCUAAGACUGCCCUGGAGGAGGCGGUGCGUGGCCCUAUCCUCGUGGACACCGGGGGACCCUGGGCUCGGGAUGCACUGCUGAAAGCCCUGGCUACUCAGGGCGUGGCCCCCGGAGACGUGACUCUCGUGGUGGGCACCCACGGGCACUCGGAUCAUAUCGGGAACCUAGGGCUGUUUCCCGAGGCAGCUCUGUUAGUGUCCCAUGACUUCUGCCUUCCUGGAGGUCUCUAUCUGCCCCAUGGACUGUGUGAAACGCAGCCUUUGAUACUGGGCUCCGGACUGCAGGUGUGGGCCACGCCGGGCCACGGGGGACAGCGGGACGUGAGCGUCGUAGUGGAGGGCACCAGCCUGGGCACUGUGGUGGUGGCUGGCGAUGUGUUCGAGCGCCUUGGUGACGAGGACUCCUGGCAGGCCCUGAGCGAAGACCCAGUAGCUCAGCAGCGGAGCCGGGAGAGGAUUCUGAGCGUGGCUGAUGUCGUGGUGCCUGGUCACGGAGCUCCCUUUCGAGUGGUCAGGGAAGCAGUGAACAGUUCGGAGGAUUCGAUAUGUGAAGGCAAGGAGGUCGUUUGACUGGACUCUCAUCAGGAAAGCCCUUUCAGGGAGGAACUGGUGUCCAGGAGACUCAGAGGACACAGUCAGGGCAAGCAAGGUGUGUCCUGUGCAGCUUUCCAGGGGGCAGCUUCCAGACAGGACAGAAUGACUAGCAUCAGUCACCUUUACCAUUGGAACCAAAGUAGGACGAAGGACUAUCUCAGCUCUGCAUCUUCCAUGAGCCUUGGUAAAAGGCAGGAAAAACAAUAGUUAAAAUGUUUAUUUGGAUGUGUGUGUGUGCCCGUGGAGUACUGAAGGCUACUUGGAAGAGUCGGUUCUCUUCAUCCUGUGGGUCCCCACGAUAAAGUUCAUGUUGCCAGACUUGGCGGCAGGCACCUUUACCCGCUGAGCUAUCCUGACUUACACUCUUGUUAGGACCUUCAAAAUAAAAUUAGACUGGAAGUUUUACUGUA